AAUUUUGUGUACAGAAAAUAUUGUUUGGCAUAUUAUAAAAGAUACGAUGAUAGGUGGCGCAUACGUAUAGAGGGCAGAACGUAAGUUCACGUAUAUCUUCUUCUCUUUCUGACAAAGGAAAGGAACGGCCUAUCUUCGUAUUCAUGCAUCUUGCGUCUCUACCCGCGCAAAGCUUGUUCGUUUCGUUCGUCUCGUUGCGCAACGCGAAGCGCGCAGCGUCUGUAUGCGCAUAGUUGAGGUAGAUCGUCGGGCAGAAUGUCUCGCUAAAAAAAGCGCGGUUUAUCGACGAAGUGGAGUGCUCUCGUGACAAAUUCGUCGGGAAGCAACUCUUCGAAGAAAGACUAAAGUUUCAAUUAAUUCCGUGAAUGGGAAUACGCGGAUGAACUGAAAACAUGUCUAGCUCUUAUAUCGUCGAGCCGCAAGAAAAAGAAACUCAGAAACAGGAUGACACAUUGAUUAUUGUAGUUAAUGAUGAUGGCACAAUAUCAGUAGAUCAAGAAACACUACAAAAUUUAAUAAUGAACCAAUCAAAUGCGAAUGUUAGUGUAGUAAGAUUGGGACAAAGUGAACCAGGUGCUAACAAUGGCGAUAUAACAUUGACAGUAGAUCCACCAACUUUUACAUCUUCAAGCAUUACGCCAAUAGGUAAUGCAACAAGUACAGAUGCAACUGGACUGGUUGAUCCUUUUAUGGAAAUGGAUCCUGAACAAUUGGAAAGAUUGGAAACUGCUCUUCAAAGUGAGGAAGCGAAACAAAUCUUGGGCGAAAAUGUUACUGCAAUGCUUGAUAUGUUGUCCAUAGAGGAACAGCAAAAGUCAAUAAAAUAUAGUGUAGAACUGGAUCAUUGCUAUACGAAUAAGUUACCUGAUUCUAAACCAAAAGAUUCAUUGACAAAUUAUCCAUCUUCCAGUGAUAUACAAUAUACACAUCCUUCUUCUCCGUCAACAGUGUCAACAAUGUCAUCACCACCCAAUGAAAUAGAAAAAGUGAAAUCAACUACUAAAACUGGGAAGCCAGUUGGUCGUCCUCGCAAAAAUCCACUUACUCCUACCACUUCUACUCUUCGAUCAGCUGGGAAUUCACCUGGGGUAUCUAAAUCAGCAGGACACUCGAUGUCUAAAGCACAUCGAUUAUCUCAUGACGAAGAAGAAGAGGAAGAAGGUAGUGCCUCACCUUCAGAGUCUUCUGAAUCAGAACCUCCAUCAGACAAUGAUUCUGAUUUUGGUCCUCGAGGUCCAAGGAGAGGAGGAGUCAGAGCCAGAGGUGGACGAAAAGGUCUUACCACUAGGGGUGGCUACAUGACAGGUGGACGAAGAAGAAACUCAAAUAAACAUAUGGAUAUAGAACAAGUGCGUCGUUUAGAUAUGGAAAUGGCUGCUGCUGUUAGUGCAAUGAAAACUCCUGAUAAGGAGGAUAAAAUGGGAGCACACGGUUCUGUCAGAGGUAGAAGACAAUUCAAAACAUUUGGUGUUAGAAAAAGAGAUGAAACGCAACAUACACAGGCGUCACUCACUACAAGUGAAACUGCAAUCAAUAUAGAGAAACCCCUACAAACAACAAAUCAAGUGAAAGCAAAUCUAAUUAAUAGCAAUAUGAUCAAAGGUGAUAUGAUUUUAACAAAGCCAGGUCAAGGAAGAAAUAAUCAAAAAUUAACUCUUGUACAAAAACAAGUUGUGAUGAAAACGAAUGAGCUCAAGAACAUAGAUGUAAAAAAACCAAUGAUUCUUCCAAAAGGCAAAUUUUUGAAUCAAGUACAGACGAAAUUUAUAUCAACGAAAGAUGGAAAAUUAAUGCAUGUACCGAUCGCACCAAAGCCAGUUGUGUCGAGUACACCACCUGCCCAAGAAAAGGCAACAUUAUUACAAACAUCUCCAAUACAACAAUAUCAAGGAUUACAACAACAAGGCAAACCUAUUACAUCUGUCAUGGCAGUAAAAGUGAAGCCUUCUGAAAUAAAAAGAGAAAGAAGAAAAUCUGAAAAAAUGAUAGAUAUUAUUGCUAAAACAGAAAGUGAUAAUGCAAAAAUUGUAGAAAUUAAAAACGUAGACAACAUGAAGAAACAUUCGCGUAAAGAACAUAAGAAAUCUCCAGGAUUUGUGGCAGAUACUUUAGGUCCGGCAUUAUUUUCUGCACCUGACAUUAUUCGUCGUGUCGGUUCAAACAAUGAUCCAAAAAAUGCCGACAAUACGGUAUCUUCUUUAAUUGCCACUAUGCCAAGUUCAACUAUUGCCUGUGGAAUUGCUAAAUCAUCUGCUCAAGGGACACAAAUAAUAAGUUCAACAAAUGUUACCACUACGACUUCAAACAUAACACAAAGUUCAGAUUCAGAAUAUACAACGAAAACUUUGAUAACAAAUACGUUAGAAGAAGACGUAUCUCAAGUCGAACAUCAUUCAAGUAUUGAAAAUGUGACGGAAAAUGUAUUGAAAGGAGAAAACGAAACUCAAAAAACAGAUUCAAAGGCAGAUCCAGAUGAGGAAUUACAACCAUCCUUAAUUACUACCUCAUCACAAAUGAUUGAUCAAGCCAUGGCACUACCUACUGUGCCAAAUCAUAUUAUCACUAAACAUAGUGGCAUAGAAGGGGAAGAACAUCUUUUAGCUACAUUAGAAAUGGAAGCCAAUAAACAUGAUGAGGAGUUACUAGCAGAAGCAUUAUUAUUACAAGAAGAACUUGGAGUUGAUUUAGGAGAUCAUGCUCCUUUGGUAGAUCAAUCUGUACCAUCUACGUCAUUAACAUCAACUCCUACACAUGUUUCUUCACGGGAAACAACAAUUAAUCAGGAGUUAACAACUAAAUCACUAGAUACAGGGGCACAAAUAUCAACAAAUAUUAUACCUGAAGUAACGAAAAAAAAUAUUAGAGAUGAUAAAGAACCUAUACAAAUAGUUCGUGGCGGACGUGUAAUAACUUUACCACCAAUAGAGGCUCCAGCAACAAGGAGCAAACGAUUACAAGCAAAAUCAGAAAUUGUUGUGCAAAGGACUCCAGAACCUAUCAAGAAACCUGAGAAAUAUGAAUCACCAACUGUUCAAAGUCAUUUAGAACGUAAAGAAGAUCUAAGAUUAAAUAUAAGUGAGCAAAAUGAAGACGAUGAUGAUGAGGAUGACGAAGAAGAGGAAAAUUCAGAUUCAGAAGACGACCCUGAUAGAUUGUGGUGUAUUUGUAAGCGACCCCAUAAUAAUCGUUUUAUGAUAUGUUGCGAUGUUUGCGAAGAUUGGUUCCAUGGAAAAUGCGUACACGUCAGUAAAGCAAUGGGACAACAAAUGGAAGAGAAAGGUAUAGAAUGGGUUUGUCCUAAUUGUUUAAAGAAAAAGGCAGAUGACAAUAAAGUGAAAAUAAAUACGCAGUUAAUGUCAGGAAGAGAGAGACAACGGCAAAAUUCGUUUAUGGAGGAUUCUUCAUCCUUGAUGGAGGAAGAAACAUCCCAGCAUUCUCUUUCCCCAACAAAAGAUGCACCGUUAUCUUCUGCAUCGUCUCACGAUCAUAAUAUUGUACGAAUUUCAGGUACCACUCAAUGCGUAGUAUGCAAAAAAGAAGCUAGGAAUUCUAGUAUUUAUUGUUCGGAUGCAUGUAUCCUUGCACAUGCCCAAGAAACAUUAACUAAGGACAAACCUGUGGCAACGAGUUCCAAUUCAAAGACAUUAAAACAAUCGCCUUUGGGAAUAGCCAAAGCAAAGGCGGAUGCCAGAGUAAUUGUUUUUGAAAGAAGAACUGGAAGACUCCUUACAGGUACGGAAGCACCUAAAAGAUCGAAUUUAAAGACAUGGUUGAAAGAAAAUCCAACCUUCGAGGCUGUACGAGCGGAUAGUCUUAGCCAAGUAGAAAUAGGAGGGAAAACGGUUACGGUUUUACCUGCACAACGAUUAAACAAACCUGGAAAAUCUCCGCAAUUAUUAGCUGCUAAAGCACAAGCAAUACCAAAAAUGGUUUAUACCAAUAUACCAGGUUCUAAACAAACGAUUUUAAUAGCUAGUAGUAAAAAAAUUACGACGAUUGCUGGUGCACAACAACCACAAACAAGUACAUUGCACAAUAAACCGCAUCAACUUAAACAAACUUUUCUUGAUACUACGAGUAAGGGCAAUUUGAUUUUAAAACAAACGACUAUAAGACCCGCAUCAUCGCCUCAAGCAAAAGCACAAGGAACGACUACACAGAAACAAGCACAGAAUAAGAAACAAGAAGUAAAGGUGCUAACGCCCCAACCGAAACAACAGGUUAAAGUACCAAUUGUUAAGAAGCCUGAAACUGAACCAAUACGAUUGAACAUUCGAAAAACAUUGACAGAGCUUUUGUCAAGUCGUAUAAAAGAAACGGAAGAUUUAAAGCUAUCCGACGAUGAAAUCGCUGAUUUAGCUUUUAAUAUAGAAAUAGAAAUGUACAAAUAUUUCAAAGAUACAGGGGCAAAGUAUAAAGCUAAAUACAGGAGUCUUGUAUUCAAUAUAAAAGAUACAAAGAAUUUAACAUUAUUUAGAAAAAUUGCUGAUAAAUCAUUAGCUCCGGACGCGGUUGUAAGAUUAAGCCCAGACGAAAUGGCUAGUCAAGAAUUAGCCGAGUGGCGAGAAAAAGAGACUAAACAUCAAUUAGAGAUGAUUAAGAAAAAUGAAUUAGAUUUAAUGGCACAAGCAAAGUCUAUAGUGGUAAAAACACAUAAAGGCGAACAGAUUAUAGAAAAUGACGGUGGUAUUGGUUUAGUGGAUCCGAAAACACCGGUGCAAGAUAUAGUGACCGCUUUGAACAGUGGUGACAGUAUUAGUUCUAUCGAUACGAGUAAGGAAAGAGAAGACGGAGAGAGAAUAAAAUUGACGUCCGAAAUGAAAAGAUCGAAGAAUGGCGAGGAGGGUAGGAAAAAGGAUAAAGAACGGGAAGGUACCAGAGAUGGUGGAAGAUUAAGGGAUAAGGAAGGACGAGAAAGGAGUACGAGUAGAAGCAGACAUCGUCACAAACGAGAUAGGGAUUAUAGUAAGGCGAGAGAACGAAGUAGGGAUAGAAAGGCUAAAAGUAAGGAGAGUAGACGAGAGAAAGAUAAGGAACGCGAGAAGGACAAGGAUAAACAAAGAAAUAAAGAUAGAGAAAAGAUUAAGGAUAGAGAGAGGGAAAAGGAAAAGUAUCAAAAUGAGAAAGAAAAGCAUAAAGGUGGUUGGACGAAAAUGCGGAAUCGUAAUGAAUCGUUGAAGGAAGGAAAGAAUGGAGAUAAAAAAGAACAAGGACGUAAAAAAGAAAUAGAAAAGAAGAAAGAGCCUACACCACCCAUAGCCGAUAAACCGAUAGAGGAUCGUUUGUGGAGGCAUAUAGAAGACGAAGCUACUACAAAUACCAUAGAUGGUAAUGAUUCUGAUGUAUCUGAUAGAGAACCAAGUUCUACAGUUACGAUCAAAACACCGGACAUUAAUGAAGAACCCGAAAGAUAUACCGAUCCGGAGAUAGAAAAGGAUAUUUCGAAAACAUCAUGGCAAACAGUCUGGCGAGGAUUUGUUAACAUGGUGGAUGUUGCUAAGUUUUUUAUCACGGCUCAAGAAGUGAGUGGUCAUGCCAGGGAUCUAAUGAACGAUCUUCCAGAUACAGUAGAUGUUGUUGGUAGAAUAAGUCAUGAAACUGUAUGGGAUUACAUUUCGAAGAUGAAGAAGACAGGAUCUAAAGAAAUUCUUGUUAUAAGGUUAACGGCAGCGAACGACGAGGAAAAGAUUCCUUAUAUAACUUUAUACAGUUAUUUAAAUAGUAGAAGUCGAUUAGGCGUCGUUGGUAAUGUUUCCAAAAAUAUAAAAGAUUUUUAUAUAAUGCCCUUUUCAAACCAAAGCACAAUACCGCGAGUUUUAUUACCUCUCACCGGUCCUGGUUUUGAAGAAAAUAGACCGCAUUUGCUUCUUGGUAUUAUAGUACGCAAUAGAAAGAAACGUUUGACCACUAUACCUCCGGUAGUUGCAGCAAAAAUACAGAAAAAAGAUCCCGAUCGUAGUUAUACGCCACCAUUAGUGGGUACUUCGAAAGAUAAAACUUCUUCUACUACACCACCAGCCUCUCCUAUGGGAUAUAAAGCAAGUGCAACCGAUACCAUUAAAGAUAAACAAGCAGUAACGCAAAUGACUUUAGAAACUUUAAAUAAGGCACAUAUCGGGAUGUCAAAAUCAGUAAUAGAUAGUGCUGCAAUAUGUAAAAUUGUACCGGAAUUAUCUUCGAAGAUUGAUUUAAUGCCGUCACCACUUAAAACGCUAGAUGACGAUGGCGAUGAACCUUACAGUCCAGGUGAAAUGGAUGAAGAUGUUACGAAUACACAAACGGUUAUACACGAUACUACAGAUGUAUUAUCAUCGGCAAAAAAUUCUACAGAAUUACAGAGAAAGAUGGAUGAAUUAAAUAGACAAAUAGAAGAACAAAAACAACAAAUACAAAACAUUAGCUCUUCGUUUCUCAAUGACACGACACCUACUCUGCCGGGUUUGGGAUUAGAUCCUCCUAAUACAAAGGAUUCCGAAGAAGCUUAUAGCCCAUCCGAUACACGUUCGUUUACACCACCACCUCCAGGAAUUUCGAAAUUUGCCCAACCAAUUCUCGAUAAAGUUUCGGAUAUAACAAUACCGCCAAAUUUACAAGAGAUACUUGCGAACGUUAAACGACAAGAAUCCUCAAAAGUGGAUCCUUAUCUACCAUCUAAGCCUAGUGCUACAUUUUUGACUACCGUUAAUUCUACGGUUUAUCAAAAUUCAGAAAAAUACUCUUCACCUUCUCAAGCCAAAGGACCAAAUUUAGGCAAAGGAAAUUCCGAAAAGGCACCUUUCACGGAUGCUGUUCCACAGACUGCUCUUUCGAAAGAAAGCAAAAGUACACUGAGUUCACUCAGUGAUUUAGAUCUGAUAAGAAAAGCUGAAGAGGAAUUAGCCGCUGUCGCAGCAGCAUCGGCAGUAUCUACUGUACCCAAUGUGCCUAUAUCACCUAUAACGCCUUCUGGAACAAAUUUAAUAACGCAAACAUCUCCUGUUCCGUCUACGCAAUGUGGUAAUUUGACAGCGUCUCCUACGCUUCAUCAGCCUAUGUUGUCACCUCCCAUUGCUCAUGUGGAAACCUCAUUUAAGAAGACCUUCGCACCUGAACAACCAAAACCACCGGGUCUUGAAGAUGAAGAUUUUCCUGCAUUUCCUUCAACACCACCGACAAUGGACAGCAUGUCAAAAAUGAUGCCGCGAUCGAAGUACGCUCAUAAAAGUGGUAUUGUGUUAAGUGUAAAACGAAAAGUAUGCGAAGAUGAUAGUUCAUCUCCUGCAGUUAAAACUCCAAGGACAAAGUCGAGAUGGGGUCAAGGACCAUCGGAAUAAAAUUAUUCAGAAAUUACUUUGUACUAUGAAAGUACAAAAGGAGGGCGUUGCAUCAUAUAAAAUAUAGUUAUGUCAUAGGUUACAGCGAUAAGACAAACUUAACAGUUUGAAUGCUGUUAUCGAGAAUGUAGAAGGGAUGAGAAGAGAAUUUUUAGUAUGAAUGAAAAUUAUGUGUUAAAAGAAGAAAAUUCUCUCUUAGUAUGGUUAAUGAAAACAAAGGACCUUGAAAUGAUUCUCUAUUACAUCAUAAGAUGUAACUAUAAUUAAACAAUAUAUGUAAUUAACUCUUAAUUUUUAGAUAAUAAUCGUAUUUCUAUAUUCCAUCUGAAAUAUUAAAAAAGAUUUAAAUCUCAAAUAUAAAAAAAAUUUUUGCAAAAUUGGAGACAAUUUGGAAUGCAAUGUAUUAUUCAAUAUAUUUUUAAUUAUCACUCUAGAAUUGAGGUAUGAUUUUAAAAAAUAUAUUAUUUUCUUCUGCAUCCACGAUGUAGAUAUAAAAGAUUGUUUAGAAAAUAAUACGAAUGAUAUUUACAUUUUUUGUAAUUAUUCUAUUCAUAAUAUUUCAUCAAAUUUUGAAAUAUUAUAAACCAUACUACAGUAGAAGAUUUUCUUCUCCAAGAAUUGGAAGUAGCUGUAGUGAAAACAGGAAUUGGAUGAUAAUAUUGCUGGUUCCUUGUGAAAAAAAAUAGCUUGAAAAUAUACGAUAAAACUUUUUUGAUGUAAAUGUAAAGAUCUCUUAAUUUUCGGGAAAAAUGACUUUGAAAACUUAGAACAUACAUAACUUGAUUCAAUUGUAAAAUUUAAGAGGUGUAUCCUUUUGUUUUGUUAUAUAAUUAUUUAAGAAGAAUAUCAGAAAUGUAGAUGUCAAUGCAUUAUUAUUAUCUAUAUAUGCUAUUAGUUUGAAUUGAAGUACAUGCAUGUUCUAAAACAAAGCCAUUUCUCUCCAAAAUAAAGAUUUAUAUUAAGAAAAUUUAUUAUUUGAA